AUGGAGCAUCUUUUUCCUGGUGUAGACGUGCCUCUGCGUGUUGAUAAAUCGACCAAUAUUCUCGAGGUGUUGAAGUUGGCGACCCGUACUUUCGAUCAAGCAACUAUUACACUAGCAUCGACUCGCGCAUAUAAAGAAUCGAACCAUUUGCGUGUGGACUCUGAGCCAAAUGCGAAAGUUCCCAAGGAGAGUGUCCAUUCAACAUACUCACCUGUGAACAUAUAUCAUCGCGAUUGUAUCAAUACCAGCGAUUUGAUGGAUAUAUCACCAUCGCUAUUUAAGGACUCGCCUAUAUAUCAAGAUAUUGAAUCCACCAAUAACUUAUCUCAAAACAUGCUAAACCGGUCGAUAGAGAAAAUCAUCGAAUCUGAAAGACUUGUCGACGAAUUGAUGUCUAGCAAUAAACCUUCACAAGUUACGGAAGAGAGUGGAUUAUAUAAACGAUAUAAAGAGUAUAAAAAAGAUAAUGGUAAAGAAGCAUCUAAUGCUCUAGUUUUUGAUGACGUUAGAAAACAAAUUCCUGAAGAAGUGACCGAUAUUACUUUGCGGAAGAGAAUGGAGAGAACCCGAAAAAAUGUAUAA